UGGAGUGCUCUGUGGGCCUGUGGCGGGUGGGGCCAGUGGCACGUCCGUGCCUGGCUCACAGAAUGAAGAUGUAGAGAAAGAAGUUAAGGAAGAAACUGACCCCAACGAAGAGGAAAGUGCCAAGAAAAAGCACUUGGAUAAGAAGAGAAAAUUGAAGGAGAUGUUUGAUGCAGAAUAUGAUGAAGGAGAAAGAACACAUUUUGAUGAUCUUAAAGGAGAAAUGCAGAAACAAGCACAGCCUGAUUUUUGGACAGCUGCCACAGGAAUUGUCCUUGAUCUGAAUAAAUCCAUAAAAACUGUGAAGAAAUUGAAACUAACUGGUUUUCCAUAUAAAAUUUUCAAGAACACUUCAUUUAUUAAGGGAAUGUUUAAUUCUGCCUUGGAAGUGGCCAAAUUUGAAGGUGCUGUGAUUCAAACUGUCAGUGAGAUAAGGCAGCAGAUCAAGAAAGCACUCCGGGCUCCAGAAGGAGCCUUCUAGGCCAGCUUUGAGCAUAAGCUGCUGAUGAGCAAUACUGUCUUCAUGUGAACUUGGUAUCCUGUUUCCAUCCCAGCCUUCUAUAACCCAGUAACAUCUUUAUUGAAACCAGUGGGUGAGAAAGACACCUGGUCAGGAAUGUGGACCACAGGACAACUCAGGCUUACCCACAGCAUCAGACUAAAGGCAAACAAGGACUCCGUACAAAGUACCAGUGGCGUGUGUGUUGGUAGGGAUGCAGCCUGUGCUCUGCAGACAAGGAAUCACACAGACACUUUUCUAUAAUUUCUUAUGUGCUUUGAUUGUUCAAAUAUAAAGUCUAACAUUAAAUUUGAUUGAACAA